AAACUGCCACAGUCCAUAUCCUGCGAGACUCGGCGCACUGACAGAGGUGGGCGGGGAGGAGCAGAACUCUGUCCCCUGAUAUUUUUAUCCAUCCAUCAAAUAUAACUAUAAGGGCAGUCUGCUCAUUCUCUUCUCUCUCUCUCUCUCUCUCUCUCUCUCUCUCUCUCUCUCUCUCUCUCUCUCUCUCUCUCUCUCUCUCUCUCUUUGACCCAGGCUCAUCAUCCCACUCUUCCUUCUCUCCUGCCCUCCCUGCGGACAUGGCCACGGUCCUUAUCAAAUGCACUCCCCCUGGAGAACCAACCCUACACCAGAGAUUGAACGGUGGAAGUGUUGGUUGGGGUAGCUCCAGAGGUGUGCAGCUGCCAGUCCUCUCCCUCAGGGCUGCCCCAGCACCUACAGUUUGUUGGUUCCUGUGGAUCAUCAUGCAGGGGGAGUAUAUUGGGACCCCCGCCCAGGCAAACCGGCGACCCAGGGACCCCCGCCCAGGCAAACCGGCGACCCAGGGACCCCCGCCCAGGCAAACCGGCGAACCAGGGACCCCCGCCCAGGCAAACCGGCGACCCAUGGACCCCGCCCAGGCAAACCGGCGAACCAGGGACACCCGCCCAGGCAAACCGGCGAACCAGGGACCCCCGCCCAGGCAAACCGGCGACCCAUGGACCCCGCCCAGGCAAACCGGCGACCCAGGGACUCCCAUCAUCUGUUAUGAAAAAAUAAUAAUACACUGAACAAAAAUAUAAAUGCAACAUGCAACAAUUUCAAAGUUUACUGAGUAACAGUUCAUACAAGGAAAUCAGUCAAUUUAAAUAAAUGCAUUAGGUCCUAAUCUAUGGAUUUCACAUGACUGGAAAUACAGAUAUGCAUCUGUUGGUCACAAAUACCUUAAAAAAAGAAGGGGCGUGGAUCAGAAAAUCAUUCAGUAUCUGGUAUGACCACCAUUUGCCUCAUGCAGCGCCACACAUCUCCUUCUUGAUCAGGCUGUUGAUUGUGGCCUGUGGAAUGUUGUCCCACUCCUCUUCAAUGGCUUUGUGAAGUUGCUGGAUAUUGGCGGGAACUGUAACACGCUGUCAUACACAUCGAUCCGGAGCAUCCCAAACAUGCUCAAUUGGUGAUAUGUCUGGUGAGUAUGCAGGCCAUGGAAGAACUGGGACAUUUUCAGCUUCCAUUAUCAUGCUGAAACACAAGGUGAUAGCAGUGAAUGAAUGGCACGACAAUAGGCCUCAGGAACUUGUCACGGUAUCUCUGCAUUCAAAUUGCCAUCGAUAAAAUUAAAUUGUGUUUGUUUUCCUUAGCUUAUGCCUGCCUAUACCGUAACCCUUAAAUGAACAUUUUUGGUUGAUAGUUUCAUUAUUUUGACGUCUCCAGAGUUCACUCUAACGUAGUCUAUUAACUAGAACGGGAAAGUUAUCUUGUCGGUGUAGAGAGCAUUUUGCUGUUGUAAAGCAAAUUUUCACCAAUUCUACAGUUUGGCAUGGAGCUCAGAGAAAAUUUCGCAGUUUUAAAGCAAAUUUCCUGCAAUUCUAUGCAUUUUGCCAUUCGAAAGGUUAUGUUCUUCUGCUCAAACAUUAUAAUAAAAUCAAUGGGUAUGUGGCCUGAAUGCCUGUUUAAAUAAACAAAUAUAUAUUA